AUGGACGUCGUCGUGGUAACCGGGAGCUCUGACCGUCAGUGGCGGCGGAAGGGUAGCAGCGGCCACGUCGUUGCUCAGCUGCUGCUCGAGUCGCCGCUCCCAACGCCACGCCGCUCGUGCUGCGGGCGGUCAGCCGACACGCCUGCUGCGCGCCGCGGCUGCGCCGACGCGUCCCCGCAGCGCGGGCACGUACCGUUCAAGUGGGAGAGCUCGCCGGGCGUGCCCAAGAGCGCAGCGGCCGCGGCGGGUGGCAAGGCGGAGCGGGUUGUACCACUGCCGAAGCCGCCGCCGGGGCGGUGCGGCACGUGCCACGCCGCGUGGGCCUACCACCACCACCACCACAGCAACACCACCGACUCGAGCAGCGACCAGCAGGACGACGACACGUUCUCCGACGCGCUGGACAGGAUCUCGUCCUCCGACAGGCUCGCCGCGCUCUCCGCGCGCCUGAGCGCCAUCGACGGCGCCGUCUUCGGGUCACGCCCUCGACGAGCUUCAUCAUGGACCGCUUCCUCCCGGCCGCCAACGCCAUCGCCACCACGUCCGUGGACAAGCACCCGAGGCGGCCGUCGCCGCGCCGCUCCAGCAAGUCCAAGUCCAAGCGCGACAGGGAGGCCGAGGCCGAGGCCGCGGCCAGAGCCAGGUUCGUGA